CCAUGGGGGUUGCAACAGCCAAAUCACCCAAAACAGCAGGUUUGCACCCCACAGCCCUUCACUCUUCUCUGAAGACAUCUCCAGAACAUCACUGCAGCUUGUCAUGGCCGUCUAUAAGGUGACAGUGGCAACAGGUGACAUGGCGGAAGCUGGGACCAACAACUCCAUCUCAAUCACCUUGGUGGGCAGCUAUGGCGAGAGCCGCCAGACCACCGUCUCCUUCUUGUUCCUGCCAGGGAAGGAGAAGAGCCUGUCUGUGCGCUGUGGGAAGGACUUGGGGCCCAUUGUCCUCAUCCGCCUGCAUAAGUGGCGGCUCUUCCUGGAGGAUGCCUGGUACUGCAAGGACGUCCGGGUGACAGCCCCUAACGGCACCCUGUAUCGCUUCCCCUGCUACCAGUGGCUAGAGGGGGUCACCACCGUGGAAGUGCGGGAGGGCUCAGGGAAGAAACUGGUGGACGACAAGCUGCAUAUCCUCAAGGAACAUCGUCGUCAGGAGCUGGCAGAACGGCAAGAGGCUUACCGGUGGAAGAACUUUGCCCAGGGCUGGCCCCGUUGCCUCAACGUGGACUCUGUCCUUGAGCUGGACUCCAACAUCCGAUUCUCCCGCGUCAGGGCUACCAAUUUCACUGGUUUCCUCAUCUUACAAGGGGCCUCCCACUUUCUGUCAGGGUUCCUACUGAGACGCAGCUCCUGGAACAGCUUUGAUGAGAUGCGCACCAUCUUUUCCCGGACGCAGGGCAGGGACAUUGUCCCUGAGUAUGUGGCCAAGCACUGGCAAGAAGAUGACUUCUUCGGUUCCCAGUUCCUCAAUGGCAACAACCCCAUCAUCAUCAAUUGCUGCACCACACUGCCGCUCAAAUUCCCAGUGACACCAGAGAUGGUCAAUGGCUUACUGGGAGAUGGCACGGACCUGGACAAGGAGCUGCAAGAAGGUCGGAUCUUCAUUGUGGACUACAAGGUGCUGGAGGACAUCCCACCCGACACCAUUUAUGGGCGCCAGCAGUACAUAGCAGCCCCAAUCUGCCUGCUUCACCAGGGCACCGAUGGGCUCCUGCGCCCCAUUGCUAUCCAGCUCAGCCAAACGCCAGGACCCUGCAGCCCCAUCUUCCUGCCGAGUGAUGAUGAGUGGGACUGGCUGUUGGCCAAGACUUGGGUGCGCAACGCCGACUUCUACAGCCACCAGCUCCUCACCCACCUGCUGAGGACCCACCUGUUUGGGGAAGUCUUUGCCAUUGCCACCCUGCGCCACCUGCCCACCUGUCACCCCCUCUUCAAGCUCCUCAUGCCCCACUUCCACUUCACACUGCACAUCAACACCUUGGCCCGCAGUGUCCUUAUCAACCAGGGUGGCCUCAUUGACAAGGGCUCAGGGGUGACCUAUGAGGGGCUGCUGCUGGUGGUGCAGCGAGGCCUGGAGCAGGUGACCUACACAUCCCUGUGCCUCCCCGAUGAUAUCCGCCACCGUGGCAUGUCUAAUAUCCCCAACUACCACUACCGAGAUGAUGGGAUGAGCAUCUGGGAAGCCAUUGAGAGCUUUGUCACCGGUAUUGUGACAUUCUACUAUGGUGAGGAUGCAGCAGUGAGCGAGGACACCGAGCUGCAGGCCUGGGUGAUGGACAUCUUCAACAAUGGUUUCUUGGGCAGGACCUCCUCAGGUGUUCCCUCCUCACUGCAGACAGUGGCAGAGCUCAUAAAGUUCCUCACCAUGGUGAUGUUCACCUGCUCGGCACAGCAUGCAGCUGUCAACAAUGGGCAGUAUGACCUGGGGGCCUUUAUCCCCAAUGCCCCAUCCUCCAUGCGCCACCCACCACCCUGCGAGAAGGGCCGGGCCUUCCUCCAGCACUUCCUCGAUACCAUCCCUGAGGUGGCCACCACUGCCAACAUCCUGGUGGCCCUCAUUCUCCUCAGCUCCCAACUCAAGGACAGGAGGAUCCUGGGACAGUACCCAGAGGAGUGGUUCACGGAGGCAAAACCCCGGCAACUCAUCCAGGCCUUCCAAGGGCGGCUGGAGGAGAUCCGGGACCGGAUUGAGGAGAGGAACCGCCUGGCUGUGCUGAGAUACAACUACCUGAACCCACUGGAGACGGAGAACAGCAUCUCCAUCUGAGCACAGGAGCUGCACCCUCUCAGCACCCCCAGCACACUCAGAACCCCACAUCUGGUCACCUGCAGCACCCAGAAACCCCAGUAUCUGGACACCCAGUGCACCUAGCACCUCCAGAACACCCAGCAUCUGGCAUGUGGGCACUCCCACCAGACAGAACCACCAUCUGGAUAUCCAGUACACCCAGCACUCCCAGCACCCCUUACAUGGCCAUCCCCAACACCCUUGUAACCCACCACCCUGCACUUGCAUAAGCCCAGCAACCCCAUGACCCCACACCUACAGAUCCUCAGCAUCUACCCCCCAGUGCUCUCAGCACCCCCCAUUCCAUUUUCCUCUUCUCAAUAAAUGCUAGUUGUGAAUCAAA